AAACUUUUUGGUAGAGAUAUAUAUAAUUAAGGAGCAAAUAAUAGGCGCCCACAAAUGCUUUCAUUAACCAAAACGCGAGUAUUAGGGGCACGUUCGGUCCGUCGUUCGUUGCCCGGGUUUUCCAGAAGCUACGCAAGCACCACCGGUGCAACUGAACAAGAACAAGCUUCUCAACGUGACCUUCGUGAAAAAUCGGUUGCAGACGCUUUGGCCAAGGAAGAAGAAGCACUUGCCAAGACCAAGCAGUUGCGCCAGUUGAAAGAGCAGGCUCAUGCCAUGAUUUCCACUUUAAACAAGACCCCAACUACUUUGGUUCAUGAACGUUUGGAAAAGCUUCAACGUGAAGUGGACCUGUUGGCUAAUCAAGACAAGGUUAAACAAUUGGAUGAAGAGUUGGAAGACUUCAUGUUAAAGCAAAUGCAAUUACCAUACUCCGAAAUCGUCAACCACCCAUGGAGUGUAGCUCCUAAGCCUAGGGGUGCCUCCAGUGCUUCUGGUACUUCUGCAUCCGAAGAAGAAGGUGGUCGUACUCAAAUCAAAUCCACUUCCACUAACACAUACACUAGUGACUUCCCUCAACUUAAGCCUACUCCUGAUUUCAAGCCUUAUUCCGAACAGGAACUUUACUUGAGACAACUUGCUCACACUCGUCGUUCUGGUACUCUUGGAUCGGAUUUGACCAAUGUUUACAAGGCAAGAAAUGAAGUCAACAGACCACGUCAAAUAGAAGACACCACCGUUGCUUCCUUGAUGGCUGCCGGAUGUCACUUGGGUCACUCAAAGGCUAUGUGGAGACCAUCCACACAACCAUUUUUGUAUGGAGAAUACGAUGGAAUCCAUUUGAUUGAUUUGAAUGAAACCAUGCUGGCCCUUAAGAGAGCCACCCAAGUCCUUAGAGGCAUCGCCGGAAAUGGUGGUGUUAUCUUGUACGUUGGUACUAAUAAGAACUGGGAACAAAAGAGAGCUGUUGAAGAAGCUGCCAAGAGAUCACGUGGAUACUACGUCCACAAGAGAUGGAUUCCAGGUACUAUUACCAACUUUACUGAAGUUACUAAGCAAGUGAACUCCAACAGUAGAAUGGAAAUUGAUAUGGGAGACGUUGCCACUAAGCGUGAGCUUACUGAAGAAAAUGACCGUAUCAUCAAGCCAGAUGUAGUUGUUAUUUUGAACCCAGUGGAAAAUAGAAACUGUAUCACUGAAUGUAUCAAGCUGAGAAUACCAACCAUAGGGUUGUGUGAUACAGACAUGGAACCUUCAUUAUUGACAUACCCAAUUCCAUGUAACGAUGACUCCAUGAGAGCCACGUCUUUGAUGGCUGGUGUUUUGUCCAAGGCCGCCGAAGAAGGAUUGAAGAGAAGACUUGAGGUUGUUGCGAACCUGAAGAACGUUAGAGAAGGUAACUUCUCUAGAAGAGCCCAAGCAUAGAUCAUGUACAUAGAUAAAUAAAAUAGACGACUAGUCAGUGA